UAUUUACCUACCCUUCGUACUUUCGCGUUGUUGUGUGCCUGUUUUAGUUACUACGAGGUAACCCCUUUUACUUUUCUAUUGAUCAUCUUGAUGGCUGCAAGUGGACUAGGAUAAAUGCUAUAAAACUCGUUGGUAGCGAUUUUGUAAUUUUACCGCCAUGAUUCUGUCUCGAAUAAAACCUGCUGUCGAAGAAGAAUCAAUUCACAUAUCUAAUACCAAACGUUUGCCAUCUCUUCAUGAUUUCAUUGAUAAAAGAGAUUACACCGGCGCUUUGAAUUUACUCGAAUUUGAGCACAAUAUUGGCAAAGAUGGCGAAUUAACAAAACUGUGGAUGGGAUUUUGCGCUUUUCAUUUAGGCGAUUAUAAACGCGCAUUAUCCGUGUACGAUUCGUUGCAACAAGAAAAUAAGAAUAAUCCUCCGAAGGACUGCUUGUUAUAUUUAGCAUGUUGUUAUUUUUUUCUAGGAAUGUAUACCCAUGUUGACGAAGUCAUGAAAAAAGUACCUCAUUCUAGAUUGAAAAUCCGACUCAUGUUUCAUUUAGCUCAUAAGCUAGCAGAUGAAAAUAAGUUAAUGGAGUAUCAUAAACAACUCGCUGAUGUGAUUGAAGAUCAACUUUCUUUAGCUUCGAUACAUUACUUGAGAGCUCAUUAUCAAGAAGCUAUUGAUAUUUAUAAACGUAUUCUACUUGAUAAUCGCGAAUAUCUAGCAUUGAACGUAUACAUCGCCUUUUGCUACUAUAAACUGGAUUAUUACGACGUGUCUCAAGACGUUCUGAACAUCUAUUUGCAAAAAUACUCAGAUUCUGUGAUAGCAACGAAUUUAAAAGCCUGUAAUUAUUUUCGUUUGUAUAAUGGCAAAGUAGCCGAAGCUGAAAUAAAAUCCUUACAAGAUCAAAAUUCGAUAAAUUCGUUUUCAUUUGGACAAGAUUUAUUGCGACAUAACUUGGUGGUUUUUCGGAAUGGCGAAUUUGCAAUGCAAAUUUUACCACCGCUGGUGGAUAUUGUCCCAGAAGCUCGUUUAAACCUGGUUAUUCAUUAUUUGAAACAGCAUGAUUAUCAGGAAGCAUUUGAAUUGAUAAAAAAUGUCGAACCAUCGGUGCCUCACGAGUAUAUUUUGAAAGCUGUUGUAAACGCAGCCUACGGUCAACAUUCGAAAUUGAGAGAAAAUAUAAAAAUUGCGCAACAUUUCUUUCAAUUGGUUGGAAGCAGUUCAAGCGAAUGUGAUACAAUUCCAGGAAGACAAUGCAUGGCUUCUUCGUAUUUUCUACAAAAAGAAUUCACCGAAGUUCAACUUUACUUGAGCUCAAUUAAGAGUUAUUAUUUCAACGACGACUGUUUCAAUUUCAAUUUCGCUCAAACCAAGACAGCUCUCGGUUAUUACAAAGAAGCUGAAGAAAUAUUCAUGCUGAUUCAAAAUGAAAGGAUCCUAAAUGAUUUCAUUUACAUCAGUCAUUUGGCCAGAUGCUUUAUAAUGAACAGAAAACCGCAGUCAGCUUGGGAACUGUAUUUGAAAAUGGAAACAUCAGCCGAAUCGUUCAGUUUGCUACAGUUGAUUGCAAACGACUGUUAUCGAAUGGCUCAAUUUUGGCAUGCAGCAAAAGCAUUCGAUAUGCUGGAAAGAUUGGAUCCAUUGCCAGAGUAUUGGGAAGGAAAGCGAGGAGCUUGCGUUGGAGUACUUCAAAUGAUUAUAGCAGGAAGACAAGCUAGGGAUUCUUUAUCUGACAUGGUACAGCUGCUGCGAAAUUCCGCCAAUGCCCAGGUUGAACCGAUUAUACGAGUCAUUAAACGCUGGGCCAAAGACAACAGGAUUAAUAUCUAAUUUUUUGCGACAUUUUUACUCGUAUAUAUGAUUCUGCGAAUGCGAAAAAUUCCUACACUGAGAGAAACGAGUUGUUCUAAUCAAGUAAAUUGCAAGUUAUUUCUCAUACAAUCGAAAAUGAUACAAUUACUAAUGGAUACUCGUGGUCAUCAGUAUCUAUUGGCUAUCUCCAGCACGAAUUCCAACAAUUGCACCACUAAGGGCAACUCAUUUAUACAACUAUGCUGAACAAUUGGAAUGGAAAUACAAAAUAUAACUGUUUUACGAGUACACUGUAUACCGCGGGCUACUUGAUGAGCAAAAGAGGAAACGUUGACAAACUUUCCAUUUCGAUGAAAAAAGGAAGUGAUGCCUAAAUUCCGUCUAUACGUGUAUUCCGCACCUGCCCAAGUGCAGCUAAUUAAUUUUUCGUGAAAUUAUAACCACAAACGAGUAUUUCUAUACGAUGCUAGUGUUGAACUCGACGACCUUCGUCGGAGAAAAUAAUUAAAAGCGCUCCAAAUUUAAUAUUCAUAUUGUUAUAAUGUUACAAAGUUGACUUUAUAUGAAUAAAAUUUAAAAUGUGUUACAGUCGGUUGUCAACGAAGUGUUAAAUUGAUAUUUCUAACUUUAUAAAAAUAAAUGCUGCAUUCACGUGUU